GUGGUGGGAUUAAGUCAGAAUGGAAACAAGCACGGCUGAGGCUGGAGAGGCUACUCUUUGGGGACCGUUAUGCCCCCGGUCAUCAUCAGCCCAGGUCAUCAUCAGCCCUCGGUCGGUGAUGUAAUGCGAAGCGGCUGCGCACCGCUGCGGCGCCUCAGCUUCACCCCCCGCAUCCGAGCAGACGGGCUCACGCCGAUAAUCUGGGCCACCCAUCACUGUGUCGAAUAAAAAUCGCAAUAUAAGCGGGGAAGCUCGUAUUUCAUCCGACAGCAGCUCUGCUCUGAUUUUGCAUUUUGAGCCGCGUCCUGUGAUCGCAGAGGCGGACGAAAGCUACACCUGCCCCCCCCCACCCGCUGGCCCAGGAUGCGGCUGCUCUGAGCCGGCCUUUUCAGCUGCUCUGCCCGCCUGGAGGUGACAUUGUGCCCGUGCAUCUCGGCAGUUGCUGGAGCUCGUGAGCAUGGCGGAGAACACGGCGGAACUGCCGGGGAAGGCGAGGGGAGAUGCGAUGACCCCACCUCCUGUUUCUGAGAGGAGACUGUCAGCCAACGGGAACCCCUCCCCUGUCCGUCUGCUGGCCAAUCCGGGAAGUCCUGGAGGGAAAUGGGAAGAUAGGAGAGUUCAGGUCAAUGGCCAUGCCUCCCCUAUUCGCCUGGCAGCCAAUCCCAGCAGCCCGGCAGGUAAACAAUGUAAGUGGCACUCCCACAGUGUGAGCGCACAGUGCGAGGGCACGGCGUCCGGCUCCGGGGGAGCCCAGCUUGCUCCGCAGACACAGGCGUGUGUUUGCACUUCCUCAGACGCAGAUGGGUGCCUGAGGACGGAUGACAGGAUGCGCCUUGCCAAAGAACGGCGGGAGGAGAGGGAACGGGGCCUAGCUGCACGGGAGCAGGCCAUCCGCGAGAAGGAGCGCAGGGCCCAGUUACAGUAUGAGCGGACGGUGGAGGAGCGCUGGAGGCGCCUGGAGGAGCAGAGGCAGAAGGAGGAGCUGCGCCGCGCUGCCGUCGAGGAGAAGAGGAGGCAGCGGCUGGAGGAAGAAAAGGAGAGGCUGGAGGCCCUGAUGAGGAGGUCGCUGGAGCGCAGCUUGCAGCUGGAGCAGAGGCCCAAGCGCUGGGUCUGGGGCAGGGAGGGUGACUGUGAGAAUGUCCCGCCCCCUCUCUCCGCUGCCUCCGCCCACCCCUCCGAGCUCGCCGCCCCCUCACCUGCUGUCAGCGAAUUCAGCCACGUACCACCCAGUCCCCACCGGUCCCCCUACCGUGGGUCCCCAAGCCGAGCGGAUCGGCGCAAGGCCACAUCGGCUUCUCCUGCGGAAGAUGGUGGAGGGGGGGUGGCAGCAGUGCCUGGCACCCCCAAGAAGCUGCACAGAGAACAGCGAACGGCCUCCCCACUCACUGGCUCCCCCCGGAGGCGGCCCGAAUCCCCUGCUACACCCAACAGGCGGCCUGCCUCUCCAGCAGCAAGCAAGUCGUUGUUCAAGGGCUGCUCCCUGUCACCACGGAAACACAACAUCCCCAAGGAACAGGACCGCACCCAGGACCCCCAAGCUGAAGGCUUCAGAAAUCAUAACAUUGAAUCUCCCAACAGGAAACCAGUAAACACUGACUCUCCCAGCAGGAAACCAGUAAACACUGACUCUCCCAGCCAUAAGCUUGUAAACACUGACUCUCCCAGCAAGAAACCAGUAAAUAUUGAGUAUCCCAGUAAUAAACCAAUGAAUACUGACUCACACAACAUGAAACCAGUAAACACUGACUCUCCCAGCAAGAAGCCAGUAAACACUGAGUCCCCUAGUAAAAAAACAGUAAUGACUCACAUUCCUCAUAAGGGAACAUCAUGGUGUGACACAGCAGAAACUAAUUCAUUUAAGCCGGAGCCUCCAGAGAGGAAGCUAUCUAACCCUGAAAGCCCAGCAAAGAAGCCGGGCUGUGAGCUACCCUCCGAGCGUGGAGCUGAACGGCUUCCAACCUCACCAACGGCAAAGUCUGCUGUAAGGAACACAGAUGCCGAGGAAGCUUCCAGAUUGCUGGGGGAACGGCGGCGUCAAGCACGUCUUCAGAAGGAACAGGAAGAGAGGUCGAAGAUGGAGGAAGCACUGAAGGUACAGGAGGAAGCACUGAAGGUACAGAUGGAGGCACAGAAAGAGGAGGCGGAGAAGCAGAAGAGGGAGCAGGAGUGCAGAGGCAGGGAGGACAGACAGCAACAGCAGAGGGCGCUCCAGGAUAGGGAGCAACAAUCUCACAUUCAUGGAGAGAGGGAGGAGGCCCAGAGGGAGGCAGAGCACCAGCGACAGGAGCGGGAGACGGUGAAACUGCAGGAGGAGCAGGAGAGACUGCAGAGGAAGAAGAGGGUUGAGGAGAUCAUGAAGAGGACUAGGAAGCCCGACGCUGAGAUGAAGAGAGAAGAAUUACCUCAGCCUGCCUCAGCUGCACUUCCAGGACCUGCAGAGGGACGACAUGCAACUAUGCCGGCAGAUUCACUGGUGAACAAAAAAGUGGAUGGACAGAAGAAAGGGCAGCCGCCUGGACAAGUGAAGGUGGAGAUGAAGCAGCAGUUGAAGGAGGAGGGGACUUGGCAAGAGAAGAUGGAGGUGAACGGACAGCUGAAACAGCAGGGGCCUGGACAGAUGAAGGUGGAGGUGAAGGACCAGGGGCCUAGACAGAUGAAGAUGGAGGUGAACGGGAAGCUGAAGGAGCAGGGGCUUAGACAGAUGAGGGUGGAGGUAAAGGAGCAGGGGCCUGGACAGAUGAAGAUGGAGGUGAAGGAGAAGUUGAAGGAACAGGGACCUGGACAGAUGAAGGUGGAGGUGAAGGAGCAAAGGCCUGGACAGAUGAAGAUGGCGGUGAAUGGGCAGCUGAAGGAGCAGGGGCCUGGACAGCUGAAGGUGGAGGUGAAGGAGAAGUUGAAGGAGCAGGAACCUGGACGGAUGAAGGUGGAGGUGAAGGAGCAAGGGCUUGGACAGAUGAAGAUGGCGGUGAAUGGGCAGCUGAAGGAGCAGGGGCCUGGACAGCUGAAGGUGGAGGUGAAGGAGAAGUUGAAGGAGCAGGAACCUGGACGGAUGAAGGUGGAGGUGAAGGAGCAAGGGCUUGGACAGAUAAAGGUGGAGGUGAACGGGCAGCUGAAGGCACAGGGGCCUGGACAGAUGAAGGUGGAGGUGAAGGAGAAGUUGAAGGAACAGGAACCUGGACAGAUGAAGGUGGAGGUGAAGGAGCAAUGGCCGGUACAGAUGAAGAUGGCGGUGAAUGGGCAGCUGAAGGAGCAGGGGCCUGGACAGCUGAAGGUAGAGGUGAAGGAGAAGUUGAAGGAGCAGGAACCUGGACGGAUGAAGGUGGAGGUGAAGGAGCAGGGGCCUGGACAGAUGAAGGUGGAGGUGAAGGAGCAGCUUAAAAAAGACCCACUGAAGCCCAGAACAGUGGUCAGUAUGGAGAUCAAACCUAAUGGCUCUCAGGUCAACACGCCACUCAUCAACCUGGAUCCACUGGAGAUGAAGGGAGGGCCUCCAGCGUCCGUAGAUGAGGUGCAGCCUAUGGAAGUCAGCCCAGUCUCCAAGGAGGAGCUGAUCUCCAUCCCACGAUUUUCACCUGUCAGUGAUGCUCAUCACAGCAGCAUAAGCAACACCCGAGCCUUGGAGGACCUGCUGGACCUGACGGGACAGGUGGCCUACCCCAAGCAUUCACCCAGCACCAGCCUGGGAGAUUGCAACAAGAACCUGAUCGAAGGGUUCAGUCCCUGCUCCGACAAGCAGCUGAUCCAGAGCCUGAGCUCGCCUGCUGAUAAGCUCAACGCGCAGUAAAGCAGGCGUGGUCCUGCCUUCCUCGCUGCUGCAGUUCCUGGAUCUGCCACCAGGCUGCGUGUGAAACCGUGGAAAGGAGAAACAGACGGAUGCUUCCCAGGCCCAUGAUGGUCCAGACCCCCCUCCCCCCCCCCCCCCAGCAAGCUGUACAUGUAGUGGUCAUGCAGAAACAAGCCUGGAUCUUGCCCCUCCUCCUUCAUUCCUGUGAAAUACUAGAACUCAGGAACGACAGCCAUUUUUGCAGUUCGGCUUGAGCGGCUGUUUUCUGUGUGGGUGGCGCCCGUGGGGUGUGCGGCCACCGCUCGUGCUGCGGAGUGUUAGUCAAACAGGAGCGUGCCGACACCCACCGUCAGGUACACUUAGCUUCUGUUCCCCCCAGUCACUAACAUGCUAUUUUAAAUGUGCUGAAAGUACUCAUUUUUCCUGAAGAAAAUGCCCUAACAUAAAAUAACUUCAGAAGUUCACUUCUGCAAAAUUCCUUUUGGGAUGCAGGCUCCUUUUUUCUGGCUUGACUGUAAUUGACUGUAACUGUAGUGUAAGGUCUGCGGCUUCCCAUGAAAAUAUUCAACACAUUCAGGAUGUACUAGACAUGGGUGCCAUACAAGAGGUACCUGAUCUCCAGGUCUAUUAACUUCAUAAACCUACCACGUUCAGCUACACUAACUGUGCUUCCAGUAGCUGAUAUUACUAGCACCCCCUUCUGGUGCAGCAUGUACACCACAUGUACUGUAUAUACUCAGCCCCGUAGGGCACUUACAUGCCUUCCUGUUCCUUACGUGGGAAAGGUUAUCCUCAUCAGCAGGAUGACGUCUGUGAUAUUGACCUGAUGUGUCCAACAGCAGUUGCAGGCCUGAGAGCCCUACUGCGAAAGUGAAUGAAUUAUAUUCUAGUUAGAUACACAUCAACAGACAGGCUCCCCAUUCAUUUGUAGUAAUUUAGCCUAGAGUCCGAGGUUGUUCUUUUACUCUUCAUGGCACUUUCUGGCUGAUCUUUUCUGGCUUGUUCUCAAUGGCAGUCUCAUCCGAAUCCUCAAGGCUGGUGUGUUUGGCCAGGUUAACUUUUACAGUCACUGCUAGGGUAGAUGCCGGUAACCACUGGCACCUUAUAUCUUGGAUAACAGUGGCUUGUUAAAAAGGCAAGUUAUUGUCUGCUCUGAUGAUUCUGUUCACAUGGGUCCUCAGCAUGAGCUGUGCAGAAUGACAAUAAAGCUUAAAAUCCCAAA